GCAUAUUAAAAUUGGUGAAGAAUUUUGCAAUAGUAAAUCAGAACAAUUACAAAAUGAUACUAAAAAGUCUUGUAUCAGUUAUUUUCAUGCUUAUCAUAAAAAUUGUCUGGACGAGCUUACAAUAUUUUUUGAAAACGAAAGUUGGACUCCUUGUCCAGUGAAACGUGAAUUUAAUUUAUUUCAACUGCAGGAAUUUAGAACAAUUAGGAAUCGUAUUCAAAAAAUUGAUUCUUCUCAUCUAACUCACAGCAGAAAUUCAUCUAUGGACAGUAGCUCUAUUAGUACGUGUGAAUAUUUUCAUUUCACAUCGGAUAAAUCACCGUUUGAUAAUGAUUUAAAUACUACAUACUGUGAAGAUAUAUUAGAUACAGAGAUGGAUGGAAAUAGUGUUUGUAGUGAUGAUACUAAUAACAGUUAUGAAGACACAGAUAAUUAUAAUAUAACAGCAGAUAACUAUGAAAGGCCACCUUUGCUUACAAACACAACAUUGACAGUAAUGAGACAUUGUGGGAAGUACUUAAAAAUAUGCAAUAUACUAAAAUCAAUAUCAGAAGAUGUAGUCACUUGUUUAUGUCAACUGUUUGAGUAUUAUCUAUACUCGGUCCAUUUACUAUUUACAUCAGACAUGCUGCCUCAGAUAUGUUAUGGUGUAAAUAGUAUAAAGCUUCAAUCAGUAAUAACAAGAAUAUGCAACACUUUGAUUCAAUGUAAUCAUGAAAAUGAAAUAAAUCAAAAUCCAUUUAUUCGAGAACCUGUAGCACUUCAAAUAUUAAGUCUGUCAGAUGCAAACAAUUUAUAUAACGUUUCUGAACGAAUUGUUGCUGUAGAAUCAUUAGUGUUUUUAGGAGAGCAGUACAAACUAUUGCAUUCUUAUUUGAAUACAUUAUUAACAUCGGAUACAAGCAGUUAUUCAUUACAACAAUUUUAUAAUCAAACUGUAGCAGUAGCAGUUGAUUUACGAAAACCAGUAUAUGGUCGUGUGAUUUGUAAAUCUAUUGAUUAUAAUCAAGUGCUAAGUAUGAUGAUCAAAGUGAAUUGGGAGGUAAAAGAUAUUAUGUGUGAACACAGCAGAUAUGUUGAUUAUUUCUUACAAGAGAUACGAGCUUUUUUUAAAACUCUUAAAACAUCAACAUCCAAUAUAUAUUUAAAUGAGCAAGUAUUAAAUUCUAUCUGGGAAGCUAUAGCUGUCCUAGUAUCUUCUGUUUUUAUUGAAGGAUUUUCAUUAGCCAAAAAAUGUUCAAAUGCUGGUCGAGCAUUAAUGCAACUUGAUUUCACACAAUUUUUAUCACAAAUAAACUCAAUUUGUCCUCUUAAUCCAUUACCACAUAAAGAACUAAUCGAAGUGUAUAUAAAGGCUUAUUACUUACCUGAAACAUCAUUAGAAACAUGGAUAAGGGAUCAUCAGGAAUAUACUCAUAAACAAUUAUUAGCUGUCAUAAACUGUGUGUGUCAAAACAAUAAACGGUCACGACAAAAGCUGACUAAUUUAUUGGAAGAGUCUCUACAAAGAUAAUCUCAUUUUUAUUACUAAAUGUAUUAGUUAUUUAUUUUUAAUUAUUUUUAUUAAUUCAGUUAAUAUUAUGCAAUUAUAAAUAACUGAUAAGAUUGUUUUUUACUUCAACAAUUCAACCUAAGUGGGUUAAUUUUUUUAUGAAAUCUCCGUUCAAUAAUUAUUUAAUACUCAAUUACACUUAUUUUAUAGCACACACUAUUUUUUUCAACUUUUUCAACAACUCUGAAAACUAAAAAAGUCGACAACGUUUUCAAUGUGAAUAAUCAUUUUUGAUAGGACACAUGCUGAUAAAUUUGUUCACAUUUUUGCUAAGCUUACUGAGAGAAAUAACUUGGUGUCAAUGCUGGGUCCACUUUUUAAAAAACUUUUUUACUCUUCGUGUUGAUUCAUUCAAAUCGACAAGUGACAAAAGGUUCAUAUUUGUUCAGUGUUUUUGUUAUAUGAUGUAGUAAUAUAUGUAUCAGUCAUAAGGGUUUAUGACAUAUCAUAUAUCCUUACUAAUAUAGAUUUAAAACUAAAUACCUACGGAGAAUAAAGGUUAUUAUUUCCGAUUUAAAUCCUUUACUGUUCAUAUCUAGGAAAGUAAGAAUUACCUAAGUAUAAGUUAACAAUAAUUAUUAUGAAAUAACAUUUUAAGACAUUAAUUGUUUACUUUUAA